UCUAACCAAACGACCUCUUACAAUAUACUGUUAUGUCUUCUUCCUCCCAGUCCAAAUAACUAAACCCUCCCUCCAUUGCCACCACCACCACUCCGCCGUAUCUUCCUCCAUCAAUUUCAGUGCCGUUGCCUCUGCUGAUGGAUCAGCACUGGCAAAGAUUGGCUCCACUACAAUGCUGGCUGCCAUCAAAAUGGAAGUCAUGACACCAAUGGUGGAAUGUCCAGAUGAGGGAUCCAUAGCUAUCGAAUUCCCCAUGCCUCCCAUUUGUUCUCCCUUGGUUCGGCCUGGUAGGCCUGCGGAUGUAGCAUCAGUAAUUUCAAAGCAGCUGUCAGACACUAUCUUGAGUUCUGGCAUGAUUGACUUAAAAGAGUUGUGCUUGGUUGGAGGAAAAGCUGCAUGGAUGGCCUAUCUGUACAUUUACUGUUUGGAUGCUGAUGGUGCCCUGUUUGACGCUGCUUUACUAUCUGCAGUUGCUGCCUUUUCGCAUUUGAACAUUCCAGUAGUGUCUUUGAAUGAUGAUGGGCAAAUAGUUCUCGUUUCUGAGGACACUGUCCAAUUGAAAUUGGAGAAGGAGCCUGUGAAUAAAGAGAAAAGAAAACUCAAAUUGAACUCUCCACCAUUCUCCUUAACAUGCAUACUUGACAAGAACUACAUCCUCGCAGAUCCUACAGCGGAGGAAGAAUCUAUAAUGGAAACAGUUGUAACUGUGGUAUUGGAUUUGUCUUACCAGCUUGUUUCACUUUAUAAACCAGGUGGACCAGUUCUUGGCCAUACAUCUGGUAUCCAGGUUAGUUUGCAUCAUAAUAUUAAUGCUUACCUAAAUGAGCAGCAAGGUUUCUUCUUCUUUUCUUUUCUUUAUAAGGCACAUUUGAGACAAACAUUGAGAUAAUUUUUUGUUCAGCUUUGUAUUAAAAUUGCAGAAAUAAUGCUGUUUUCCUAUGUUGUGUGAUAGUUUCAAGAAAACGCUAUGGAUUGUUACUUUGAUAUGUCACUCAUUAUGAAUACAGUAGGACAGAUCUAUGCUGUCACUCGUUAAGAUUGCAAAAAUGGCAUAGGGUGCGUGUCGGAUCCUUCAGAAGUAUUGCAAUUUUGGAGGAUCCAACAGGGGUGCGGCAACAUUUUUGGAGAGUCCGAGAAACUUAGGGAUAGAUAAGGGAGGAUUUAUUCCUUUUUCUUUGUCUCCCAACACCCCUCCUCCAUAGUUUUCUUUCGUAAACUUUUGGAGUUGUGGUUUCGGAUGGGGGAAUCACGGAGUGGAUGGGUAAAGUAUCCAAAUUCAUGUCCUUUGUCCUCUAUCUCCUAGCUUCUCUCUGUAUACCGGACGAAUAGUAAGUUUGUCCGCUUUGACUGAUAGUUGAUAGAUAAAAAGGGAUUUUGCCCAUUUUAGGUGCUUUUGUCAUGAGUAGUCAGUCACCAAUAAUAGAUUGUAAUGGAAUGGGAGUUUGGUUUCACAUAUUGUUUUGCAUCUGAAUUACACCGUAGAAGUUAAC